ACACCUGACUGUUCAGCCAGGUAAGGGUUCUGUAGCUGUGGAGCAGGCCUUGCCGCGGUCACCCCGGGAGGGAGGUGACAUACUGUAGCUGGGGGCGGUCUCUUCACGCUCCUGUUACAGCUCCGGUCCCCCCCGCUGCCAGUCUGUUCUCUGUUGUCCUCCCCUUGGUGACAUUGUAUGGACUCUCACACCGGUGGCUUCAUGGUGUGUCACCAGCUCUGACCCGCUGUCAUUACGCCUUUGCUAGCUGUCCCGGGGGAUGUCUCACAGUCACGACAUGGACAGAACAAUAAAGGAGACCUCCAUUCUUGAAGAGUUUAAUAUCAAUUGGACCCAGAAGCUCGGGGCUGGAAUCAGUGGUCCUGUGAGAGUAUGUGUGAAAAAAUCAACGCAAGAACGUUUUGCACUGAAAAUUCUCAUUGAUCGCCCCAAAGCCAGAAAUGAGGUACGACUACAUAUGUUGUGCGCAUCACAUCCAAACAUUGUACAAAUACUUGACGUUUAUGCAAACAGUGUGCAGUUCCCCCACGAAUCAAGCCCCAGGUCACUGAUAUUUGACCCGCUCUUUAAAUUAACACUUUUGAACAGGGCACGGCUCCUAAUUGUUAUGGAGAUGAUGGAGGGGGGCGAGCUGUUUCACAGAAUCAGCCAGCACCGGCACUUCACUGAGAAGCAAGCCAGCCAAGUAACAAAGCAGAUCGCUUUGGCCCUGCAGCAUUGUCACUCGCUAAACAUUGCACACCGAGAUCUGAAACCAGAGAACUUGCUCUUUAAAGAUAACUCUUUGGAUGCUCCAGUGAAAUUGUGUGAUUUUGGUUUUGCAAAAAUAGACCAGGGGGACCUAAUGACUCCACAGUUUACCCCAUAUUAUGUAGCACCUCAGGUUCUGGAGGCACAGAGAAGACAUCAGAAAGAGAAGUCUGGAAUUAUCCCUACCUCACCAACACCAUACACUUACAACAAGAGCUGUGACUUGUGGUCCUUAGGUGUCAUUAUCUAUGUGAUGCUCUGUGGCUAUCCUCCCUUUUACUCCAAGCAUCACAGUCGGACGAUCCCAAAGGACAUGAGGAAAAAAAUAAUGACAGGAAGCUUUGAGUUCCCAGAGGAGGAAUGGAGCCAGAUCUCUGAAAUGGCAAAAGACAUCGUCAGAAAGCUGCUGAAGGUUAAGCCUGAGGAGCGUUUGACAAUUGAAGGCGUUCUUGACCACCCUUGGCUGAACUCUACUGAAGCUCUAGAUAACAUUUUGCCAUCUGCGCAGAUGAUGAUGGAUAAGGUUAUGGUUGCUGGGAUACAACAAGCCCAUGCUGAGCAGCUUGCCAACAUGAGAAUUCAAGAUCUGAAUGUCAACUUGAAACCAUUGAAUAUUGUCAAUAAUCCAAUUCUGCGGAAAAGAAAAUUGUUGGGGACAAAGCCGAAGGAUAGUGUUUACAUCCAAGACCCUGAGAAUGGAACUGAAGAUGCUAAUGUUGCGCUUGAAAAAUUGCGGGAUGUGAUUGCACAGUGUAUAUUACCACAGGCCGGCGAAAAUGAAGAUGAAAAAUUAAAUGAAGUUGUGUUAGAAGCCUGGGAAUUCAACAGAGACUGUAAAUUGCUCAGAGACACGUUACAAAGUUUCAGUUGGAAUGGCCAAGGUUUUACAGAUAAAGUCGAUCGCCUUAAACUUGCCGAAAUAGUCAAACAAGUUAUCGAGGAACAAACAAAUUGUCAAGAAGACUCACAGUAGCUAAAGUUUUUUUUUUUUUUUUUUCUUUUUUCAUUUGUUUUUUUUUUUUUUUAUUUAAUUUUUUUAGAAGAAAAAAAAAAUCUUGCAUCUUAAAUACCUGUAAAAUAGUUUUAUGUAAAUUAUAUUACUGAAUUUCCACAGUGCUUGAACAUACAGUGGAAAAUGUAGAUAGACAUUUACGAGAAAUCAUUGGUACUGUAAUUUAUUUAGAAAAAAUUAUGAACUGGAUUUAAUGGUGGUUUUUUUUUUUUCCACACUACUGUACUGUUAAUAGGUACAAUCCUAGCAGGGAAUACACAGCUUUGUAAUACCCUAUAAAAGUAUGAGCCCUCUCCAUCUUUUGCCCCUAGAUAGCCAGCAAGCUGCUACAUACAAAGCUGCUCGAUCCUUCUACCACCAGAUAAGACCAGGACUUACUGCUGAUCAAUACGUUGCAGGCUUGGAUGGUAGUCAAUACAUUAACAUACUUGAAGAUAGCUUUGUGGAAUGUGACCGACGUGGUUACACUGGCUAGCAGUUUCCUCAGGAAUAAUCGGAUAGGGCACAUGCCUUUGAAUUGUUCACCAGCUGCUCUGCAUAUGUGCCAGUAUAAUUCGGAAAGAAAGAGGACUUUUCAAAUGUUACUAAUACUUGCUUUAGAAAUCUGUAAACUCUCUAUCUCUGUAAAUGGACAAAAUGUUCAAGAAAUAACUAACCCUGUCAAAAAAAAAUAUAUUUUUAUUUUAUUUUACAGUUAACUCCUUUUCCAGUAGGAGGCACUAUAGCAUAGUAAUACAGAUACUUACCGUAUGUUUUAUCUUUUUUAUUUUUGUGUGGUGCUUUUAUUUUUCUACUUUUAGCUGCACAGUUCUGAGCUUUAAUAGAUUGUGCUGUAGAUAACUUGGUUUUCUAUUUUCACUUUUUUUUUUUUUUUUUUUUUUUUUUUUUUGACAUAUACUUACUGUGCCUGAACACGCAGUGAUGAACUGCAGACUAAAGUGCCAAUUCUUGGUUUCUCUAUAAACAUAUGUCUUAGCAACAGUGUUGGUGUCUUAUGACGCUGUUCAAGACACCUGCAGCUUUCUUUGCCAGGGGCAUCUCCCCUGCUUCAUCUUCUGAAGCUUCUUCAUACUAGGGAGUUCAGUAGAAUGUGCAUUGGUGCGCUCUUCCAAAUAAUGUGUUCUUUAUUUCUGUUUUGUAUUUGUUUUUUGUUUUUUUAUAUGCUAGUCUGAAGCUAGCCGUACUCAUCAGAAAAAUGUCAGCCGAACCUGCCAAUUUCACACUAAUGUCUAUGGGGACCUCCCGACUCUCCCCAAAGGCAGCUGUUGGUGGAGAUGAGGAUUGGGUAGUCUGAUUUCAACGGAUCCUUUUGUUCUCAGGAGCUACAGCAAGCGAUGUCUGACAGUGGCAUCUUCUCUCCCCCCCAUUCGGGGCACAUGUCUGCACAGCCAAGCAUGUAUGUAUGCGGAGGAGUCGGGAGGAAUGGCGUUCGGCUGACAGCUGUCUUAUGUGUAUAGCCAUUUUAUUCUUAAUUGCUGUCUGUAAUUUGCUUCAGACUCAGUGUUGUCCUACUGGUUGAAUUUCACCUGAUCAUUGCCCGUGUCUAAAAAGACUUUAAAUAGAAAACCAUAUUGUAUUGACUUUGAUCUAUUACAAUCAGCUGAUGUGUGGCCAUCUCCAGUGGUUCUAUCCAUUGCAUGAAUGCCUCCAUACCAUACUGCUAUGCUGGAAUCAAAGACACUUAUAGCUGCAGUUCAUAGAUUAGAGCAAUUUCAACUUUAUUGUACAUAUCAGAAUCUGAAAUGUAAAGCAACUCUAAAAAUGUCCUCGUUGCAUCCUCUGAGUUGGUGCAGGGUGCUGUCCCACCGUGGCUGUAAAGGCUAGCAUUUCUUCAGUUGAAAAAAACUCAAAGGUACAAAACAACUGAUUCAUUAGAGAUCUAGUGAAAUGAAAGGUGU